AUGUCGCUCAAGCAAUGGCGUUCAACGAGACACAUGGCUGAUGAGGAUGAGGUUCACGGAAUUUUACCUAUCUUCAUAGCAGAGUCCCUGAAGCUUACUGUCAGUAUUGACAAAUUAGGACUUGAAGACCCAUGUACGAGUGCGCAUCAGCUUAUUGAAUGUCUCCGAUUCAGGCUUCCACUUUGUGCAGAGGGUAUGAUCCCAGAUGGCACUCGUAUAGCGUGGAGCAAGUUACAAAAGGAGAGGUCGUCGAGUUUUGUUGAGAAUAUUGGUACGGGCUAUACUCUGCAAAAGGAUGAGAAGCAGAAACAAGUCGCCCAGCCGCAGGAUAACUUUCACCUGGACUAG